AUGCACGAAAGCAAAAUGGAAGAGUAUAAGAAAGAGGAUUACAAUCCAUUUGAACAUCGAAAAGUAAAAAAGCCAAGUUCAGACUUAAGGUCUACAACUAAUCUUAUAAAGGCUUCUUUGGGUUCUGGACUAUUAGCGGGACCUUUGGCAUUUGCCAAUGCGGGAUGGGGAGUUGGAAUUGUUGGCACCAUUGUAAUUGGCAUUAUUUGUGGACACUGUGUUCACAUAUUGGUGAAAACUUCACGUGGAUGUUGUAAAUUGGAACGGAAACCAUUACUAGGGUACGCAGAAACAGCAGAAUCUGUUUUUGCAAAUGGUCCAAAACCAGUACGAUCUUACGCAAAUUGGGCCAAAAUUUUCAGCGAAUUUGCCUUGCUUUCAACUUAUGUGGGAGUAUGUUGCAUUUACACUGUUCUCAUAUCGGAUUCAGUAAAACAGUUAGUGGACAAAUAUUUCCCGUCUGUGAUUCUGCCAGUUGAAUACUACUGCCUGAUCAUAUUGGUACCAAUAUGUUUACUAUGUCAAGUCAGAUAUUUAAAGUGGCUAGCUAUUUUCUCCUCUUUGGCUAACUUAUUCCUUGUGGCAACAUAUCUAAUUUGUUUGUAUUACAUUUUCGGUGAGAAAAUUACAUUAGCUGACAAAAGAAUUGCUGGUGACCCAUGGAGAUUUCCUGCAUUUGUCUCUACAGUUAUCUUUGCUAUGGAAGGCAUUGGAGUGGUAAUGCCUGUUGAAAAUGCCAUGAAGAAACCCCAACAUUUUCUCGGAUGCCCUAGUGUACUCGUAGUUGCCAUGACAGCUAUAGUUUUCUUCUAUAGCACGCUGGGCUUAUUUGGUUACUUCAGAUACGGAGACGUUCUUAGAGGUUCUAUUACGUUAAAUCUACCACUGGACGACUGGCCCGCAAUCUGUGCAAAGGCUUUUAUAGCGUUGUCAAUAUUCUUCACAUACCCUCUUCAAUUUUACGUCGUGUUUGACAUUUUUAAAAAGCACACUGACCGAUAUAUAAUAGAUAAGUAUCGUAAUAUCACAGAAAUUGUGGCCAGAAUCAUUGGAGUUGCAUUUUGUGUCGGAAUCGGAAUCGCGCUACCUUUAUUGGAACAAAUUAUAAACAUCGUCGGUGCCUGUUUCUACUCUAUUCUUGGAUUCAUUAUCCCUGCUACUCUGGAGACUGUAUUCCGAUGGCAAAACCUUGGAAAGUUCAAGUGGGUGCUGUGGAAAAAUCUGUUAAUCAUUUUAUUUGGAUUUGCAAGCUUAAUAUCCGGUUGCACGGUCACUAUAUUGGAUAUAAUAAAUAUAUUAAACAAAAAAACUGAAUAG